CCGUGGACUUAAUCCCAAACGCUUCUGGUCCCUGUUCAAGUUCAAUAAUAAGACACGGAACAUUCCUCAAAAGCUCUCGUUGAAAGUAACUGAGACCAAAAGAACAUCCGCAGGAAAUCCAGCAGAUAUUGCUGCGCUCUUCAACAACUACUUCACAUCUAUAUUUACCACCGAUCCAAAUAUCGAAAACUACAGCUCCGACGCUCUUCCAUAUCAGUAUAACAAUACUAUCAUCGAGGACAUUACCCUUUCGGAAGCCGAUGUUUUCUCCGUAUUGCAUAAUCUCGACAUAAAUAAAGCUCAAGGUCCAGAUGGGAUUCCUGCACGACUAUUAAAAGAAACAGCUCGCCAAAUUGCUCCAUCACUAACUGUAUUGUAUAAUAAAUCUCUGAACACUGAUGUGUUACCACGCGACUGGAAACUAGCAAAUGUUGUUCCCGUCCACAAAAAAGACAACAAAGAGCACGUAGAAAACUAUCGACCAAUUUCGCUUCUUUCGCUUAUCUCGAAAGCAUUGGAAAGAUGCGUGUUCAAUAAGAUCAAAGACCACGUUUUCGAACAGAUUAACAACGGUCAACAUGGCUUUGUUCCUCGGAAGUACUGUGUUACAAAGCUCAUUGAAGUCUUUGAGUAUAUUGGUCGUGAGUUGGAUCUUGGGAAACAAGUUGAUGUGAUCUACUUGGAUAUGUCCAAGGCGUUUGAUCGAGUAAGUCACAUUCAACUGUUGAAACGACUUCGUGAUUUUGGAUUUGGUGGAAAUAUUCUUAACUGGUUUAGAUCUUACCUCAAGGACCGUCGCCAGCAGACUACAGUACUUGGUGCAACAUCAUCAGCACUACCAGUAACCUCCGGAGUUCCCCAAGGCUCAAUCCUUGGACCGCUACUGUUCCUACUAUAUCAGAAUAAUCUCCUCAACUCCAUCAACCACUCGAAGAUUACGACGUUUGCUGACGACACAAAGAUUUACAAGGUGAUAAACGUGAAUGCUGAUGCAUCCGCUAUGGAGAAUGAUCUUGCGAAUUUCCAAACCUCCUCUGCCAAUGCUAAUCUUCUCCUCAACACAGAUAAAUGUAAGACACUUCGAAUUACUAGAAAACGCAACAAAAUCGACCAUAUUUACAAGUUGCAAGAUUCCGCUCUGAAAACCACAGAUUGCGAACGUGACUUUGGCGUCUGGACCUCUUCCACUCUCACAUGGUCUAAACAAGUCCUCCACCAGUGCGCCCAAGCCAACAAAUCCCUCGGGUAUAUUCGACGGUCCACGAUCAAAAUCAAGACCAUCUCCGUUCGUCGGACUCUAUAUCUUACCCUAGUUCGUUCCCACCUCGCAUACGCGUCCCAAGUUUGGGCUCCACAAACUGUUGACCUUAUUAAGC